CGCGGAGUUAUUCUGGAGAGCUGUCAGUGCACGGAGACUGCUGGGGACAUCCUGCCUCACUCCUUACAUGAUUAUUUUUGGCAUUUUAUCCGAAAAACAGAACGACUGUUCUCACUUAUUUCCGACAACUACUGAGUCAGUCCACCUGGAGUUUCUUUAGUUUGGCGCGUAUCUGAGAAGGCACACUAAAAAGUCUUGUUAGAGAUGUCUUAUGGUGAGACCGUGAUGGUGGAGCAUUGAGGAAGCAAGAUCAAGAAGGGAAGACAGAGAAAUAUUUCAGAGGAAGGGUUUGAGCUGAAGACCAGAGUGAUGUUGGCCCCUGAACAGGAGCUGCUGAGCUCUUCCAAACCCAUCAAAUACGGAGAGCUCAUCGUCCUCGGCUACAACGGCUCCCUACCGAACGGAGACCGUGGCAGAAGAAGGAGUCGUUUUGCUCUGUUUAAGAGACCCAAAGCCAAUGGAGUCAAACCCAGCACCGUCCACAGCACAUGCAGUCCACAGACCGCCAAGGCCAUCAGCAACAAAAACCAGCACAGUGUGUCGUAUACGCUGUCCAGGGCGCAGACGGUAGUCGUGGAGUACGCACACGACAGCACCACCGACAUGUUUCAGAUCGGCCGGUCCACUGAAAGCCCCAUUGAUUUUGUGGUGAUGGACACGGUGCCUGGUUGUCACGGCAAAAGCGGCACGCUGUCGUCUCAGAGCACUAUAUCACGAUUUGCGUGUCGGAUCGUGUGUCAGAGAGCGCCGCCCUACACCGCGCGCAUCUACGCUGCCGGCUUCGACUCGUCCAAAAGCAUCUUCCUGGGGGAGAAAGCUGCGAAAUGGUGGUGCGCUGACAGCCAGAUGGACGGCCUGACCACCAACGGCCUAUUAGUAAUGCGACCGCCGCACGGCUUCACCUGCGAGUCCAAACCGGGCUCCUGGAGAGAGAUCUCAGUCUGCGGCAACGUCUUCACGCUCCGAGAGACCCGGUCCGCUCAGACACCCGGAAAACUGGUGGAGAAUGAGUGUCACGAGCUAGUGGAUGGCACUUUAAUCGACCUGUGCGGCGCGACUCUGCUGUGGCGUUCGGCGGAGGGUCUGUUGCGCACGCCGACCCCCAAACACCUGGAGGUGCUGCGGCGGGAGCUGAACGCGGCGCGGCCCCAGUGUCCCGUGGGCCUGCACACCCUGGCCUUCCCCAGCCUGGAGCGCUCCUCCAGCCCCGACCACCAGCCCUGGGCCUACCUGACCUGCGGCCACGUGCACGGACAGCACGGCUGGAGGGGCUCCGCCGAGGAGGACGAGUCCCAGAGCAGAGAGGAGCCGGGGCUGGAGCAGGGCGAGCGCGAGUGCCCGCUGUGCCGCACCCGGGGCCUGUACGUGCCGCUGAAGCUAGGCCGCGAGUCGGGCUUCUACCUGGACGCCGCGCCCCCCACGCACGCCUUCAGCCCCUGCGGACACGUGUGCUCGGAGCGCACCGCCGCCUUCUGGAGCAGACUGCUGCUGCCACACGGCGCUCACGGCCUCUGCCCCGCCUGCCCCUUCUGUAUGCGGCCGCUCGCCCGCCACAGGAAGAGCGUCAGGCUCAUCUUUCAGGGGACGCUGGACUGAGUGUGUGUGGCUGCGUCCCAAAUCACCAACUACACCCUUAAAGGGUUAGUCCACCCAAAAAUGAGAUUUAGCCCAUGCUUUACUC